AUGUAAAGAUCUGGAAAGAUAUUUGUGCAAAAGAAAAAUAAAUUAGAGAGCAAUAGAAUUUAAAGAGAAAGAGAAUGUUAGAGCAUUUAUUAAACAAUUAUAAAUCAAAAAGUUACCUAAAAAUACACUCUAAUUGAACUGUUUAAAAAUUUUCUUGAAAAUUUUACUCAAAUAAUCAAUAUCAAAAAUGAGAAGUAUGCUCUCAAUAUAAUUUUGAAGCUUAUAUAAAGCAUACCAAAAAUGUAGGAUGUUUUAGAUAUUCACAAAAGCAAAUUUUUAGGAAUCACAGCUGAUUAAAUGAUAAAAUAAUUGAUUCAUCAUUGGUUAGAUCAAUCAAUAUUUUAAGAUUAUAGAAAAUUUAAGUUGGAUCCAAUUUAUAUUACUUCAGUUGAUGAAAUUAAUAAAAAGUUUGAAGAAACCUUAUUAAAUCUCUACGAUGAAUAAAUUAAUUAAUUCUCAAAUAGAAUGAUCAACCAAAUAUUCUCAUUAAAGGAAAAAUAAUUUUAUAUUGAAGGAUAAGUGAAACUAUCAAAUAGAGGAAACUAGUAAUUGUAUUAGAAAACAUUGUAGUUAAUUGAUCGCAAACCUAAUUACAGAGCGUUAACCUCUGAUGUGGUUGAACGUUUACAGAUUUAAGAAGAAAAACUGGGAAAAUUUGAUUUAAUACAGAAUAAAGAAAGAAGAAAGCAAAUGAGUUUAAACCUAUUUGUAUAAAAAAUAAGAGCAAACUCUAAAUAUAUUGAUUAGUGA